AUGAAGCUCUACCUAAUUACCCUCCUAAACCUAUCGGUGGCCUACCUCGCCACCGCCUCGCCGCUCACUAUACAAAUCGUCGGCGAGCACAGUGAGUUCGCCCUUCGUUGCUCACAUGUAUCUCUUGCAUUGUCCAGCGGCAAGCGCCGUGAUACUGAACCCAUCAAGACUCUCCUCAAGCUGGCUGCGCCAGUGAUGGAUGUAUCGAAUCCGAGGGGGUAUGCUGCCGGGGCGAAGGGUGUGCAUGGUGCUGUGAAGAGUAUAUGUUUGAGUGCCUCCCGGACUCGGUUGGUAGUUUCUGGGGACAUUCAGCAGCAGCAGCAAGCUAUUGAUGGCAGAUAUCACUAA